AUGACGGGGUGCCAUCAUUUCGAAGAUGCAGACGUGCGACCUCCAACUUCGACUCAGCCCGUGUAUAGAGAAGACUGCACUCAGUGUUUUGAUUCGAUUGAUGACCCCUCUGGCCUCAAUGUCUGUUUGCAAUGUUUCAACGGCGGUUGUACAGGGGAAAGAAACCAUGCACGGCUUCAUCACGCGCGCACCAAUCACGUAUUGGCUCUCAAUGUCAGGAGGACCAGGAAAAAGGUCCAGCGAGACGAGCCGCCUCAAAAGAUUUCCAAGCUUGCUAUAUUAGCUGAGACAGAAGAAGAUCGCUACGAUACAGCAACAACCGUUAUUUGUUACGCAUGCCAAGUCGAGAGUAGUGGCGACCUGGGUGAUAAACUAUCUGCAGUGGUGGAAGGGGUCAUGAAAGCUUUGUCCUUCUCAAAAAGAGAGGAGGUAAAAGCGUGGGAGCAGGAAUUUGUUCCCUGCGAGCACACUUUGCGUUUGAAACAGCAAGAACACGGUAACGUCAACAGGAAGGAUCUUAAGCAAUGCUCCAUGUGUGAGCUGAAGGAGAAUUUAUGGUUGUGCUUGGAAUGUGGCAAUGUAGGUUGUGGCCGGAGCCAGUUUGGGGGUGUUGGUGGAAAUUCGCAUGCUUUAGCUCAUGCGGACUCAUCAUCUCAUGGUGUUGCCGUUAAGCUUGGCUCCAUAACGCCAGAAGGCUCUGCCGACAUAUACUGUUACAAGUGCAAUGAAGAAAGGAUAGACCCGAAUUUGGCCGCGCAUCUAGCCCACUGGGGGAUCAACAUUGCAGAAAGUGAGAAGACAGAGAAAAGCCUCAUGGAACUACAAGUUGAGCAAAACCUGAAGUGGGAGUUUGCCAUGACAUCCGAUGACGGAUCGAUUCUACAACCAAUCUUUGGGCCGGGCUUUACAGGUCUCAAGAAUCUGGGAAAUAGCUGUUAUCUGGCUAGCAUCAUUCAAUGUUUGUUUGCACUACCUGACUUUGAGCGACGAUAUUUCCACCCUAACGAGGAACCUCCUCAUGUCAAUAACCCCGCGGAAGAUCUUGAGACACAGUUACGAAAGCUUGCUGAUGGUCUGUUGUCCGGAAGAUAUUCCAAACCAGACUCUGAUGUAUCGGUCCAACCCGAUUCCCCGGAAGUACCACAUCAAAGGGGACUCGCACCUGCAAUGUUCAAACAUCUCAUUGGUCGCGGUCACGAGGAAUUCUCGACGAUGAGACAGCAGGAUGCUUUUGAACUGCUGCUACACCUUUUCAAACUUAUCACGUUGUCAAGACAUUCCGAAAGCUUGGCCAAUCCCGUGGAAAGUUUCCGUUUCGUUCUUGAACAACGCCUUCAGUGUCUCGACUGUGGUAAAGUACGAUACAAAUAUGAUGAACAGGACAACAUUUCACUUCAAGUCCCCGCCCGCCCACUCGUGUCAAAAAAGAGUCUAGAACAGACAACCACGUAUGAGACAGUCACCAUGAAGGAGUGCCUGGAUAUUUUUACUGGAGAAGAGGUAGUAGAACUGAAAUGUUCAGGUUGCGGAAGCAAUAAAGGAUUUUGCAAACGGUCCCGCUUCAAGUCGCUACCACAGCAUCUGGUGAUAAACGCUCGCCGAUUCGAGCUGAUAAACUGGGUGCCUACGAAACUCAAUAUACCAGUGGAUAUCAGUGAUGGUGACAUCGAUAUGAGCGUUUAUUUGUCUCCUGGUCCACUUCCCACAGAAGAACUUCUUCCAGAAGACUCUGAAACUGGUGCUACAGCGUUCACUGCGAAUCCGGAGUUGGUUCAACAACUGUCAAGCAUGGGUUUCUCUCAGGUACGAUGCGAAAAUGCGUUGUAUGCAACUGGCAAUUCUGACUUGGAGGGUGCAAUGAACUGGCUUUUGGCGCACCUAGAUGAUCCAGCUAUUGACAAGCCAGUGUCACAGGGUAAUGUCACUGGAGCAGACUCAGCGGAGCACGAUAUCGAAAAGAUUCAGCAACUUGGAGAGAUGGGUAUUGAUGCUAACGAAGCUUCAAAGGCGCUGUCAGCAACAGGUGGAGAUGUCAACAGAGCGCUAGAUUGGGUGUUCAGCCAUCCUGAUAGCCUUGAAGACGAUAAUGAUAUGUCCACUACUCAAGAACCUAGGUCAGCUUUGCCACGGGAAACACCCGGCAAGACAGAUUUGCCUGCAAGGUACAAACUACAGUCGCUUGUCUGUCAUAAAGGCGGUUCACUCCAUGCUGGACAUUACGUUGCAUUCAUAAACAGGGAAAUGCCUGGUAACGAUAAACGGGCCUGGGUCCUCUACAAUGAUGAGAAAGUAGUGAAGGCAGACAACUUCGAGGAGAUGAAGCAGUUUGCUUAUGUCUAUUUUCUUUCCAGGUCUGAAUGAAGCAACAAUGUGGCUGGCAAGGGCUCACCAAAGUUUUUCGAGAUCUUCGACUUAGGAUUUGCAUUCUAGGUGUUUAUGGGACUUCAGUGCUCAGCGUAUGUUAGCGAUUCGUGUCACAGUCCCAGAUUCAUGUAACCAAAGUCGAGCAUACCACUAGAAACAAGGACUGCUCUAAAUAAUUCUCUUUGCGUGGAACACAUUUGUCGACAAAAUUUGUAGCCUAGGUGGCUUUGAAGGGGUUUAUGGAUGAGAAGACGAAUCAUGUAACUACGAUUCGAACAUGCAAUUGACUGCCAUAACUCAUCU